ACUUCUUUAGCGGCGCUGAGCACUUUUUUUUGUAUGGGUAAAAACUUUCAAACUCGCGUCAGAGUCACGUGAUGCUGAUCGAAAAAGCGUAAGAUCGAGGGGAAGGGAGAGGAACUAGUAUCUCCCACUCUUUCUACCGUGCCUGAGUGUGCUGCUCUGUUUAGGCGGCACAGGGCGCUUGCGCGAAUGACCGUGUGUGUUUAUGUACAGCGUCCCACGCGUAUCCAAGGAUGGUGACAGCUGAUUGCUUGACUGUUGUGUAGUAAAUACACUGUUGUGUAUUCAUAAAUGUGAAUUGUUUUAAUUAUGGAAAUCGAACAAAGUGAAUCUAUUAAUGAAAAAAGUGAUGAUGAAGUAGUGAAAGAAAAUGAGUAAGUACUUUAUAAAUUACGAUUUGCGCCAAUUACCCCCUGUAAAAGCCACACCGAUCUUCAAGCAAAUUAAAAAAAAAAUUACUGGUGAAUCAAUUUGGCGUAAAUUUCAUCAAUUCGAACUCAAUAAGGUAAUGCGCCAAGAAAAUAGACUCUUUUCUGCCAUUUUGACAAAAAUCGGUGAUGGUUCCAUUGUAACAGAAGAAGAAUUAAAUAUGAUAGAAUCCAGAUUUGUAACUAAAGAACACGCACAAGCAGAAUGUCCGGAAGGAACUAGACUUAUGUUUACAAAUAAUAAGGUUAACGAAUACAACAGUACAGUUUUGAACAGUUUUGAAAAUAAAAUUGUUUCAUUGGCAUCGGAUGUUUUCAUUGGUUGUCAUAAUGCAGAGCAAGAAAAUUUUGUAAGACAGAAGUUACAUAAGAUGAAACCGGACGAGACUGGUGGAUUACCUUAUGAACUAGUUCUAGUUCCUAACCGACCCUAUAUGAUAACUAUAAACAUAGAUGUAGCUGAUGGUUUAUCUAAUGGCACUGUAGGGAAAUUACUACUCAUAGAAUAUGAUAAAUAUGAUGAAAUCACAAGACUUUGGUUCAAAUUUUCAAAAUCCGUUGGUCAAAAACGUGUAGCAAAAUUUAGAAGCGACAUUGCACGCUUGGAAAUCGACAAAGACGCUGUUCCAAUUUCUUUACAAUCAUCGUCAAUACCACUCAACAAAAAUAAAACUAUAGUGGCAAAAAGAAAACAUUUUCCGCUGAUUUCGGCUUUGGCAAUGACAAUUCACAAAUCCCAAGGAGGUACUUUCGAUGCUAUUGUUUAUGAAUACAAUGGUUCUCAUUCAAGAGAAUUGGUGUACGUUGCGUUAUCAAGAGUAACUAGUAUAGAAGGUUUGUUUUUAGUCACUGAAGAAAACGCAAGGACGAGCUGGAAAUUUCAUCAUGGCAGAGUAGGAAACGCACAGGUGGAAGAGUCAGACGCAACAAAAAAUCAAAAGAGGUCAUCAACUCAUCGACAAGAUUUAUCAGUUGAAUUAAAACGAUUACGUGAAAAUCCUUUGCAAACUAUCACCAAAACACUUCUAGAUUUUAUUUCUAAGAAUAAUAGAUUGUCUAUUUUUCCAUUCAACUGUCAAAGCUUACGUGCGCAUGUAGAUGAUCUAGCAAUUGACGCUCUUGUUAAAAAGAUGAAUGUGCUAAUUUUAUCAGAAACUCAUAUGGGUAACGAUGAAAUAAUUGAGAUUCCGAAUUUCAACUAUGUUGCGAGUUUAAGAAGAAAUUAUCGUCCAGCGGGAGGAGUAGCUAUAUAUCAAAAUAAGAACUCAAUUCAUUAUUGCACAAAUUAUAUGGAUGUGCAUGUGAAAUACAAUAGCAUGUUUAAAGCUACUGUUUCUGAUGUUGGUGAUAUUUGUAUAAGUCGUUGCCACUCUGGUGAUAACUUUUUCGGCGAAAAGAGAGUCCUCUUCGAUGGAGUGUUUAACAAAAUAGAUUUUGGUUACAUAGAAGCUCUUCACCAAUUACAGAAAGAAAUAGGUCUUCACUUUGCUAACAAAUUAACGUUUCGCCAUAUUAAUUACGUCAAACAGAAAAUGAAAGUAAAACUGGCGUCACAGUUACUAUCACGUUCAGUAGCUACAGCAAUAGAGUAUUGUGAACAAAAUUUAAAAUUACCACAGUUUCAAAAUUCAAAAACAACUGUCACGUUUAUCACCCACGUUAAUGACAUAUUUGACAUAUUUAAUUCAAGAAACUUUUUGAACUUUGGAUUUAAAAAACCUCUUUGCAAGCAAAAUAAAGACAAAAUUUUUAAUAAACUAGAUCAAAUUUACUAUUAUUUUCGCAACCUAAAAUUUUUAAAUGGUUCUCCGGUAAUAUAUUCACUAAGAAAAUUAGGAAUACUUGGUUUCUUGAUAAACAUAAGAUCUUUAAAGUGUCUUUAUGUUGAUUUUAUUGAAAAAGGUGCAUUGAAAUUUAUCCAUUUUUAUAAAUUAUCUCAGGACCACCUCGAAGUUUUUUUCAGUGCUGUUAGAUCUCGUGGUGGAUUUAAUAAUAACCCUACCCUUAGAAGUUUUAUUUCUGCAUACAAGCGUUUGCUUUGUCACACUGAAAUAAAAACUUCCGAAAGUGGCAACUGCCUGGCUUUAGAAGAUAUAACGAUUCUAUCGAACUCAAAAUUGACUACUGACCAGCAAAUUAAUACAUCUUUGACAUAUAAUAAAAUAACAAAGGAGUUUUCGUUAUCUCAAGAAACCGAAAAAGAAAAUGAUUUUGAUGACUAAUAUAUAUACCACAAUGAAGACACACUAUCAAAAACUAUAAAAAAUGUCGUAGAGUAUAUAACAGGGUUUGUCGUAAAAAAAAUAAAAAUAAAAAUUUCUUGCGAAGAGUGCUGCAAUGCGUUACAGUCCUCCCGUCAAUGUAGUAGCCAAGAAUCCUUCAUAAACAAAAGAGACUUUUCAUCUAAGGCUGAUCAAGGCUUUUUAACAUACCCUUCAAAAGAUGUGAUACAACUUUGUCUAAAAAUAGAAAAAUUUAUUCGUGAAAAUGAAAAAAAUCACUCAAGCUAUUGGGAAAUCUACAAUUUGCAAAGCGGUACUUCUUAUAUUAGAAGAUAAUUCCGGCUUAUUUUCGAGUUUGGAAAACCACAAUUUGGACCAAGAUAUUUUAAGUGGUCAUAGGUAUUUAAUAAUGAAAUACGUUAUAGAAAUUUACUUUGACAUUCGACUUAAGUAUGAAUGUAAACUUAAUAAUUUAGGAAAGGAAACUGUAAGGAACCAGUUUAAUAAGAUUGUUCUGUUUAAAGGUCAAUAAAUUAAGAAGCAAUGAAAAAAGUUGUUUUUUUUAUUAAUGCAUUUUUUUUUACAUAAUGUCAUAAUUAUAAUCUGGACAAAAACAGUCUAU